AUGUCCUCGCUCGACAAACUCGCCAUUCGUGGCAUGUACGUUAAAUCCUACCCUUGUGAAGGUCUCGUCCGCCAUUACUGAGUCGAACUUGACCCGGUUUGGUCCCCCCCCCCCACUUUCCUGGUUCACGCAGCCGUUCGUUCGACCACAAUGACUUUGCCGUCAUGCAAUUCUACACUCCCUUGACCGUCAUCGUCGGGCACAACGGAAGUGGAAAGACGGUACGUACUUUUGAUCAUCCUCAGCUUAGCGCACAUCAUCGUGGGGCUCUCGGCGCGAACGAGCUCUUCGCGUCGCAUCACCUCCCCUCACGUCGCACGCGCCUCGACGCGACCAUCCAUCUGCCCGCGCUUUUUUUUGACAUCUCAACAAGAGUUCUCGCGCUGGGGGGGGGGGGGGAGGGGGGGAGAAAGACAGGCACUGAUUCGGACUACGAUCCCUUCUGCAAUUAUCUACUCCCCUCCUCUACACGUCUGAAUGCAUAGACCAUCAUUGAAUGCCUCAAAUAUGCGACCACCGGUGACUUGCCGCCGAAUACCAAAGGCGGCGCCUUUGUCCAUGAUCCAUCGGUCAGUCAACGCCCCUCAAGACGACGUAAAAAGAUAACGACCCUUGAUCGACUAUGUGAUGCUCAUAACUCACGUUCCUUUCUCCGUUUUCUGAACCCUACUUUUUCUGACACUCCCAGAUCGCAGGAAUGUCCGAAGUGAAGGCCCAAGUCAAGUUGCGCUUCUUCAGUGCGAGGAAGGAGAGGAUCCUCGUCGAAAGGAGGUUACAGGUCACCAAGAAGAAGACCGGCGUAGCGGGACUGACGAUGAAAACCCUCGAGAGUAACAUCACCAUGCUCGAUGAGGGAAAGGAUUCCAAGGUACGUAGUCGGACUAGACUUUGCUGGUUUCUUUGUGGUUGUGUGAGAAGGCAUCAAUUGAAGGGGGGGUGAGUGCUGACUUUCCAUCUGCGAUGACCUUGCGCGCGCGCGCGGAUCCGUUUUAUAUUCAGAAACGUAAUUCGCUCUCGACGAAAUGUGCCAACCUCGACGAGGAAGUCGCUCUCCAACUCGGCGUCUCCAAAGCUAUUUUAGAGAAUGUCAUCUUCUGUCAUCAAGAGGACUCGAACUGGCCUUUGGCCGAACCGGCGGCGUUGAAGAAGAAGUUUGAUGAUAUUUUUGAGGCGACAAAGUCAGUGCUUGAUUGAAUGAGAGGGGUGACGCGAUAAGUUGGGGUUUAAAAACUAGAGCUGACGAGUCUACUUUGCUCCCCCCAAAAAGGUACACGAAAGCGCUGGACAACAUCAAGACGUUGAGAAAAGACCAGGACGCCGAACUCAAGGUCGAUAAAGAGAAACUGGCGGCGCUCAAGACGGAUCGGGAUCGAGCGACCAAGGUUAGUCAUAGCGCACAGAGUGCGAACUCGUGAUAGAGGGUUCCUAUUCUUAUUUCAUUUUGAUGCGCCACGUUGCGUCGACAGCUACGUAAAUCGAUCGACGAAUCGACGAACGCGAUCGCGGUCAAGCAGAGCGAACACGAGGCGCUCGAGGAAGAGAUCACCAAGAUCGUCGAACGCAACAAGACCUUCUUCACGCAGGCUUCCAAGUACCAGGACAUUAUUGGGAAGGCGGAUACGUUGAGGGAGAGAAGGACCGUCGUUGAGGAUAAUUUGACGCAGGUUCAGGCGAACUUGACGGAACUACAUGGUAGGUCCAAGGUGGCUACUGUUGGAGGCAGUUGAAGAGGAACCCUGAAUCUGAUCCGGUUCCUCUUUCACCUAAUCAUAGAUACGGAGGUUGAGUUGCAGAAGAAGAUUGAGAACCAUACGGCUGACAUCGCCGCUCUGCGCAGCUCGAGGGAGGACGUCAAGCGCAAAGCCGCGGACGAGACGGAUUCGCUCGCGGCGCAGGAGCGCAAGCGUUCGACGGCGCAGACCUCGCACGGAAGACUGUUGGCGCAGAAACAGCGCCACGAGGAAAACGUCGAGAUGAGGCAGAUGUUGGUCAGGGAGUUGAGUGUCAAGCAUGGGAUUGAUGGGUAUGAUCAUGAUCGGUUGGGGGAGGAGGAGAUAAGGGAGUUUGAGGAGAAACUUGACGAGGCGAUCGCGGAGCAAGCGGCCAAAGUCGACAAGAUCAAGAGGACUGCUAGAACGAACGAGCAACAGAUGCAGGCUGAGAUCCAGACGCUCAAGAGUGCACAAGCUGCGGAUGAGAGUGCCGCGAGAACGAUUGCUCAGCAGAUCGCGGUGCACACGAGGAAAGUCGCGGUGUUCAAUAGGCAACUCGAUGCGACGAGUGCGAACGUCGGUGACGUGACCAUCGCCGAGGCGUCACUGAGGGAUGAUCAGAAGAGAAAGACGGACUUGGAAAACAAAAUUAGGGAGGCGGAUUAUGAUGGGAAGCUGAGGGUCGAGACGAGGAAGGGCAAGGAAUUGGAGGAGCAGAGGGAUCGACUGCACGACGAGCUGACGAGCUUGAACGCACAAGCCGACGUUAGGGCCAAGCUGCAACUCAAAAGGAACGAUGUGCUGGCCAAGGAGGAGGCGAUUAAGAGACUGUGAGUCUAAUCGUCGUGGCUGCUUGUGGUGGGGUCCUGUGUUCGGGCAAGAAUUGACCACUCCCACCCGUUUUGGUGGAGGCAGAGUGGAAAAGGCCACCCCUUCCUAUCGGAAGCUUUUCAAGGCCGACCCGGCGCGUGCGACGAUGGAAACCGAAAUUAAUGGCGCGAUCACUACCGCUGAAUCGGAGCUGGCCGUCGCCGAGGAGUCGAACGCCGAGGCCAAGAAGCAGUUGCAACAAAUCGAGUCCGCCGUGGGGUACGCUAGAGGCAAGACGAAGGGCCUCACCGAUGAAGCCAAAGGUCAGUGCCCAGGAUGCGAAGGCGACAGGGUGUUGGUGCUGAUGGAAAAGUGGAUUUGUUAUUUUUCGUGAGCAGCCUACAAGCAGACCAUCGAUGAGAAAUUGGCGCAGUUUGCGGCCGAGACUGGAUCCGCCGUGGCAAAAUCUGUUCAGGCGGCGAUCAAGGAGGCGGAGGAAGAAGUCGAGCUGACGCGAAAGUAAGUCACAUCUUCUUCGAAGGCUCCUGAGCUGUUGCUGAUCUGUUGCGGUAAUUUCGCUCUCUUUAGGUCUCUCGAGGACUCGACGCAGUUCGCAUCAAUGUUCCAGAAGAUUCUUGAGUCCAGCGUUCGCGACCGCAAAUGCUUUGGGUGCGAUCGUAAGAUCUUGCCUGAUCAGAUGGACGCUUUCCGUGCCUAUGUACGUUCAUCUGGUCCACGUUGGGACGUACCAUGGCUUGGUGAGCCUGUUCCAUUGGGCCGGCGACUAAUGCUCUUGACCAUGAUUGCUCUUCGCGCAGUGUAGAAGUCGCAUCCAAGGUGGUCCGGGAGGGUCGGCUGAAUUGAAAGCCGACCUAGACGACUGGGUCCAAUCCCUCGAGGAGCGACGUGCCCUAUUGCCAACGGAGGUAGCCUAUCUCAAGCUGAUUGAGCACGACAUCCCCGCGGCCGAGAGAGAGGUCGAAGCCCAGAAUGCGCGCUUGCCAGCGGUCAUCGCACGCACGAAUGAGACGGGCAAAGUCGUCAAGGAGCGCAAGGACACACUCGGCGAACUGCAGAACAUGAAGAGGCCUGCCAGUGAUGUGACGAGGACGCUUCGUGAGGUGCAAGAUUUGGAGAGGGACAUUGGGAAGCUCGAGUCGGAGUUGCAGGCCUCUGGGUCGACGGCGACGACGGACGACAUCACGCAAAAGUUGCACGCGGUCGGCGAAGACAUGUGGGUCAAGUGCUGAGCUCUGCACGUCGCGGAGUAGAGAACUGAUGCCUUUGGAAUAUCCACUCCACAGUCGAGUCAACAAAGCGACCGUCGAUCGCCUUCGCGUGGAACAGCAGAGCCAGAGCAACCUCAUCCAGUCUCUGAUCAAAUCGAUCCACGCAAACGAAAUGGACUUGGCCAAGAAGAGGCAGGAGAUCAAGGAGAGGGAAGACCUUGAGCGUCAGAAGGAAGCGGAGCGAGCCGAGAUUGAAACACUCGAAGCCAGGGCCAAAGUCAGUGCACCGUGAUUGAGUGGAAGUGCUAGACCUAUGGCUGAAGCGCUCGGGUUCGUAACUCGCAGGAAGUCAACACCAAACUUGCCGAAGCUGCUCAACCAAUCCGCAAGCGUGAGGAUGAACUCGCGCAGGCGCGCAACGAGGCGGCGCAGAAGGAGGUGAUGGCCACUCGAGAGCUGCAGUCCUUCAACAAGAGCGCCGAGCAGCUCGCGCUCAACAAGCGCGAGAUUCAAACCUACGAGUCGAGGGGUGGCGCAGGCGAACUCAUCAAAGUCGAACGCGAGCUCAAGCAGUACGAAGGGGUGAUCGCGGAUAUGAAGAAGCGUAUUUCGGCGCUGCAAGACGAGAUGGCGUCCGCCGAUCGUCGUCUCGCCGAUUCGCACGCCGUCCUGCGCAAUCUGCACGACAAUGUGCGACUGCGCAAAUCGAAGCGAGAUCUUGCGACGAUCGAUAGUCAGCUGGAGAGCUUGGACGACGAGGGGGCUCGCAAAGCGUAUCGGAGAUUUGAAACCGAAUACACGGCGAUGCGUCAAAAGCAGUCGCAGAAGCAAUCCGACGUAAGUCGUUGCGCACAUGUGCAUCUGCGAGGCCUUAGUGCUGACACUCCGCGAUGUUGGCUUUGACUUCCCACAGCAAGCAAAACUCGGAGGAGAACUGGCUACGAUGCGCUCAGCGCUCAAAGAAAAGAAGGAGGAGCUCGUGUCUGAGUACGACAGGAUCGAGGAGAAGUACAAGCAGGAGCUUGUCAAAGUCAAGACGACCGAGGUCGUGAGCAACGAUUUGCUCAAGUACGCCAAGGCGCUCGACGCGGCGAUCAUGGCGUUCCACUCACUUAAGAUGAAAGAGAUCAACGACACGAUCGCCCAUCUGUGGAUGAAGACGUACCAAGGCACCGAUAUCGACAAGAUCAUGCUCAAGUCUGAUUCCGAAGGCAAAGUCGCGGGGACCAAGGCCUCGUACAAUUAUCGUGUCGUGAUGAUGAAAGACCAGGUCGAGAUGGACAUGCGAGGGCGAUGCAGUGCGGGCCAGAAGGUGUUGGCCAGUAUCAUCAUCCGUUUGGCCCUGGCCGAGUCGUUUGGCACCAAUUGCGGUAUCAUGGCGUUGGAUGAGCCGACGACGAAUCUGGACCAAGAUAACAUCAAGGCGCUUGCGUCGGCGCUCGGCGACAUCAUCAAGGACCGCCGCAGCCAGGCAAACUUCCAACUCAUAAUCAUCGUAAGCGCUAUUAUUGGCCACCCUGCUGCUUUCUUCCCCCCACUGAACGCCAUUCGUGUCUAUGCCGGUGCAGACCCACGACGAACAAUUCCUCGAAACGCUCGGCGGCUCAGGCGUCAUCGACAAGUGAGUGCAGGACACCAUACCCCGCCAAAACGAGACUGAGGUGGCUGAAUGAUACCUUCUUUCCUGUAUCCAGAUAUUUCCGAGUCUCAAGGGGUGGUAAUGGCCAGGUCUCGACCAUUGAACGACAGAGGCUGAAUUGA